AUGGUCUCUGAAACCCCUAUUCGACUUCUAGUCAUAGACUUUUCCAAGCCAAACCUGAAACCAGGCUCUCCUAAGUGGGGUUCAAUGAAAUCCCAAGUCAGAAAAGCCUUUAAAGAAUUCGGUUGUUUCGAGGCUUUGUUUGACAAAGUUCCUGUAGAGCUUUGGAAAAGCAUUUUUGGGGCACUGGAAGCACUUUUUGACCUACCAUUACAAACCAAACUUCGAAACCUUUCAAAAAGGCCCUUUCAUGGUUAUGUUGGACAAUACCCUCAAGUUCCUCUCUAUGAAAGCAUGGGCAUUGAUGACGUAAACAUCAUCAAGAAAGUCAAAAGCAUGACCAAUAUUUUGUGGCCUAAAGGAAACGAAAGUUUCAGCAAAACGAUACAUUCAUUUUCGGAGCAAGUAUCGGAAUUAGAUCAAACAAUUAGGAGGAUGAUUUUGGAGAGUUUCAAUCUGGAGAAGGACAUGGUUGAGCACAUGAACUCAAUAUUAAUAUAUUUGGAAAAAGGAAAUGAUAUUGGUAGAAGAACCACCUUAGCUUAG